AUGGCAAGACUGCAGACCCGAAAGAGAAAGCGCGCAGACGAGCCUUUGCCAGAAGACGUAUCUAGUGAGAAGGCAAGGUUGAAUUUCCCGCCUGACUUUUAUGAUACUUUAUCGAAGCUCUGGCUUACAGAUCGUGCUUUGCGAGAACACGAUCAGCGGACCGACGCGCGCCUGUUUCCCAAGUCUGGAUCACCUCAAAGUAGUAUCGUAAGCUUCAACCAAGCUACCGCGCGUGGUGACCUCAAGCUGGCUCGGUUUGCCAGGACAGGUGGCCCCGAUCUCUCAGAUCUUCGUGGUUGCCAACCGUUAUCGGACGAGAUGGCCUCUAGAUCAUCUUCCAUCAGCAGUAAGAGAACGCAAUCGACCAGACCAACGACAGUGUCUUCUACAAGCCGACGAUCCUCGGCGUAUGAUGCCAAUUUCGAACAGCACCUUAUUGAUCACGAUAUUUACCCUCCGUUCUAUUGCCUACCGAACGGCCAAAGGACACCGAAACCAACAAAUAUAGAAGAGAUCCGACAGGCGCUCAAGACCCCUCGGGCAUCCCUCUCGCCAUCCGUCGUGCCCGAGUCGGCUUUCGAGGACUUCCAGAUAAAAAACACAACGAAGUCUGAAGGUACGAUUAUGCGCGUUGUGGUGCCCAUACUCGCUGGCGAUGUCGAUAUCCCGAACGAGGGACACCUUCCCUUCCUCAAUCUCGCCUCCAUCACCGGGAACACAACGGCCAAUCCAAUACCUGAUUUCUUUGAUGGGGCACAGCCGGGCAAAGUCGAAAAAGUAGUACGAGAGGAGCUAGGUACCAUCAUUAUUCCUACAAAGCACGCGAAUGCCCCCGUGGCACCGAACUUUUUCCUCGAAGCUAAGGGCCCCGGGGGGACUGGCGACGUGGCUCAACGGCAGGCGGUUCUGAAUGGAGCUCAUGGAGCUCGCAUUAUGCAUGCCUUGCAAAAUUAUCUAGUACCGGAGCCUGGUUUUGAUGGCAACGCCUACGCCUUCACGUCAACUCUGGUCGACGGAACCUUAAAAUUAUACGCUCAUCACAUCCUCGCGCCCAACCCCUUGCAGGAGAGACCACAGUAUUAUACAACCCAAAUCAAAGCUUAUGCCACUACGGGGGACGAUGAAGUCUGGCGGGAAGGAUCCGCAGCAUUCAGAAAUAUUCGCAUUUUGGCACAGAAAUAUCGUGACAAAUUUAUUGAGGCGGCGAACGCUAAAGCUCGUAGCCAAGUUAUUGGCACUACGGAUGCCGGCUUUAUUGAGGUCAUACCGAGCCAGAGGGAUUACAGUUCCAGUCCCGCCGACUUUUUUGAGUGCCGGUUAUUUGCCGACCCUGACGAGUCUGGAUCUCAAACUGAGGAGACUGAGACCCAAGAGACGAAUCUUGGAUUGGGGAUUCUGAAACACAGCUUUGAAGAUGAUCCAGAUGGCAACGACGAUGCUGGGGAUUCACAGAGCUUUGCAACUAGCUUCGCGUCAAAUAUCCCAUUGCCAAGCGUGCAAACGCCUCCUUCCCGCCCAGCUAAGUUCACACGGAGUCCUCCGUCGCCAUCGGCUUCUAGGCAGUACAAAAGGCGAGGACGGGAAUAG